AACUACUGUUCAAAUACUAGUAAGUGAAAAUAGAAUAAGCAUGCAAGUUUAAAAAAAAAAAAUUAAAAAUUAAAAAAGAAAUAAAAAACUUUAGUACUGUUUGAGAGAGUUGCCCUAGACACGUGGUAUUUCGUGAGCCAGCCACCGUGCUGCCGUUAUCAUUAUCGUUUCCGCUCCAAGGACAGUGAGGAAUGAGUGAGUAAACCCAACCAACCAUAAUAGAGAGAGAAACAGAAACAAAAGAAAAAUAAAUAACAAAGAAAUAAUCGCUAUCGCUCUUCUCUUCCCAAAUAAUAGAAACCGUCAUGGAUGCUGAACACGUGUGGAGCGUGGGAGCGUGCAGCAGAAGAAACGCUUCAUCCAUCAACGAUAAUCAAAUCGUCAACGGAAUAAUGCUCCGCUUCCGACCGAUCGCACCAAAACCAGUCGCCGGAAACUCAACUACCUCCGGAGAACGAACUCCGACAAUCCAAAACAACAGUGUUUCUCCAGGUAAAAGAAAAAAGAGAAAGUACGUUAGGAUUCGGAGAAACGAGGUGAGAAAGAACGGUGAUAAAUCAUCGGAAAAAGUGGUGGAAACAACCGAAGACAUGGAUAGCGUCGCGGUUGUUACGUUACAGUUGAUGCCGGAAAAAGAAACUCCUCUCGCCGGUGGUUUGUGGUGUAAAAACGUCGAUCUUAACUUAACCGUUGAAAAUAUUCAGAUCUUAGAUAAUCCGAAACCGGAUCUGGAAAACGGAGACGCCGGGAAGAUUUUAGAUCUGGUUUCUCCGGUGGAGAAAACGGUGGUGGAGUCGUGGAUAACGGUGGAGAGCGUGACAGGUACGUGCGAAGGAAGGUUAAAUUGUACGGAAUUUGAUAAAAAGAAGAUUCUAGAAACGGACACGUGUCCGUGUUUUGUAACAGACGAUUAUUACCGAGUUUUAUGGGUAAACGACGCGUACAAGAGGAUGGUGGUAGUGAACGACGAGAUUAAAGAGCGUGAGUUUGUCGUUUGGUUGAAGGUGAAGGAGAGUGUUGCAUGGUGUUAUUCUUACCCAGCUUUCACCUGUGGUGUGAGGUUACAGUAUACGUGGCGUUACGAAAAGUUUACGAAAAUGGUUCCUUGUGAUGUUUGGAGAUUAGAGUGUGGUGGUUUUGCAUGGAGGUUAGACGUGAAAGCUGCUCUUAGUUUGGGUCUGUGAGAAAUCACAAAGUCACAGACAUAUAAUAAUAAUAUUAACACUCCUAUAUAUAUAUAAAUAAUAUAUAUACUACUAUAAGCUUGAGUUCCAUGGAUUGAGGAAGGAGCAAGCCCUUCCCCUUUCUCUCACUCACAACACUCAUGGAUGAUGGAUAGGUAUUAUUCCUUUUAGAAUUUUCUAUUAUUGUUUGAAGAAACUUUAUUAGAAUUUCUAAAAAGGUGUGAUAUGUGUCUACGAGUGUUUCAUUAUACACCAAAAGAUAUAUUGGUGCCUCUUAAUUCAAUGUUGUAUACGGUGCAACAGCAUUAGAAUUGUUAAAAUUUAAAUGCAUUGUUGAAUCAACAAAAAUUCAACUAUUGUUUAGAUCUUCUGCAAUAGUCAUAUUACUGUAGACAUUGUAGAGUUAUUGAAUUUGAGUUUUCUCUUUCUCAAAUUUUAUAACUUUAUAUUGACUACAACAAUUUAACUAUUGCAGAAGAUCUAAAUCUUUAAAUGUAUUAUAUAUAUAUCGCGAAGAAAAUAUGUGUCAUGGAGCAAAUGAGUGGAGAAUUAAGGAAGGAAGUCAGGUUUGGAAAUUGGAAAGUUGGAGUAUGGUUUCUUCAUUCUCACUUUGAUUGGUCAUUUUUGGGAGAACGGAGGGUUGAAAAAGUAAUUACAUGGAAUUGGGAGCUAAAAUAACAUGCAAAGUGAUGAAAUGAAACUGAAAAAGGUACUUCUAUUGCUAUUGCUGAACGCUAUAUGUCUAUGUGACUAUGGUUUAGUUAAAAGUGUGUAACUAUUAUUGUUGCUAUAAGACUUUGCGACUAACAAAAUAGUUAUGUUAAUUAAUUGUAUUAUAUUGCAUAAUAAGGACUUAGCUUAUAUAUAUGAUAAUUGUAUAUAUACAUAGAGAAGAGUGAGUAGAGAGUAAACUAGGGAUUAAAAUGCUUGUGCCUAACUUGUUUUAUGUUACUAUUUAUUUAAAUUAUUUAAAUGGGAGCAUAUGCAUUAGUUAGGUAAAACUUCAAAAGAAGCUUAAUUAAUUAGCAUUUUUUUUCUC